AGGGUGAUGCUGGGCCUCGUCGUCAGCAUGACGGUACCUUUGUGAGGAUCCCCUUCUUCCUGUUGCUCAAGACGUGCUGGUUCGCAGCGGCACGAUCUGGGUAUGGCCAUCGAGCAUUGCAGCUCUGUUGGCAUCUUCAUAUCCGGCCAGUCGAGCAACCGCACUAAGAGCAACAAGACGCGUGUUGAAGGCAGCGAUAUGUGCGCGCUCAUCAACGCUUCCUCCUACGCUACGUCCAACGCCACCGCCUCGACCGUCGUCGAGACGUACGACGAGAACGCGAACGGGCCAUACCUGCGCUUCCUGGGCUUUGAAUCGCCAUCGUGACCAUCAUUCAGGAGCUAGUGCGCAGCCCCAUCGAGGCCGUAGACACUGGCCGUGUUAGCUAAGCGCGCUUUCAUAUCGGGACUGAAAGGGGUUAUGGCAACUAAUUUAAUGAUGUAAAUGUU